AUGACUAACAUGAUUACAAGCAAAGAAGAAGAUAAUUGGUUUGAUUUGGGGAUUAAGAAAUCUUUGGGGGAAGGGGAUGCAACUAGAUUUUGGCUGGAGGAUUGGCUAGGUUCGGGACAUUUGGAGGGAAGAUUUCACAGACUGUAUAAUUUAUCUCAAAACAAGUAUGCUACUGUUAAGGAGGUGGGGGAGUGGCGUCAGGGUAUUUGGGAGUGGAAAUUUACAUGGAGGAGGGGGUUGCGAGGUAGGGAGUUAGGGUGGCUUGAUAUACUGCUCAAUACUAUUAAUAUUGGUUGUCUGCGGGAAGGGAGGCCGGAUAGGUGGUUGUGGGAACCAGGGGAGGAGGGAGUUUAUUCGGUGAAAGCCUUUGUUUGGCGCAUGUUGCUCAACCGGAUCCCGACAAAGGUUGACUUGAGGAGGCGCAGUGCGAUUCCUGCAGCUGCGAAUUUGCUUUGCUCUCUGUGUAAUAUUGAAGAGGAGAGUUGUGAUCACUUGUUCUGUACUUGUGCGCGAUCUUUGGAUGUUUGGCUUGCCGUUCAUCGCUGGUUUGGAUUUGUUACAGCUGUGCCUUCUUCGUCAAAGUCUCUCUUUAGCCAGUUUUCAUUCUUGGCCAGAAACAAGAAACAGAGGCUUGCGGAGAUGACGGUAUGGAUGGCUUCUUGCUGGUCCUUAUGGCUUAUGCGCAACAGUAUUAUUUUUUCAGAUGGGGUUUGGGAUGAUGAUUUUGUUUUGGACCUAAUACAAGUCAGGUCCUGGUACUGGAUAAAGGAGAAAGUGAGGGGGUUCUAUUAUUCAUUGUUUGAAUGGAAGACCAGCCCUUUAAUUUGUCUUUCAUCUGUGUGA